AUGAAUAAAACUGGAACAGGUUUUAAGACUCUUAAAUUAAGAUCAUCUCACUCCUUUCGUCCAUAAAGUGCUUAUUAGGAAUAAAUAGUAAGCAUAAUUCCAUUUGAAAUGAGUGAACAAGCUUACUAAACCUCUCUUAAGAUGGAUCUAUUAAAUAUUGAAGAUGAAAUCUCAAAACUAAAUAAAUUGGGCAUUCAAUAAUCUAGAUUGAGUUCAAACCAUACCCAAAAAAUAAAACAAUGGAUUACCAAUAUAAAAAUGAAUGAUAAAUGUUUGGACCCUCAAAGAGUUAUUCAAAUUUGCAAUUGUUCUGAUGUCAAUGAGACUGUUGUUAAAUUGUACAACAUGAUCCAAAAUUUUGACUUCUAUGUUAAUAAAAUAACAGAACUCCAAUGUAUUCAUUACUUAUAAUAUGAAUAAUGUUUUACUAACUUCUAAUCGAAUUACUUCUAAAAAAUAGCAUCCCAAGGUAUAUUACCAAAUAGGUUCUUGAUGAGUCUAUUGAAUUUGGAGAUUAUUGAAUAUUUAGUUUAGAAGAAAGGGGAUCAGAAUCACUCAAAUGGAGAAAGCAUUUUACAAUAAAAACUGUAUGAUUUAAAAGAUGAGAAUAUAAAACUAAUGAGUGACAUCAAAUAGUUAUAACUUCAAUGUAGAAAAUUGCAAGAUUAAUUACAAAGUUCAACCUCUUUGAGUCAAAGUUAAUUGAGUCAGGUUACUGUUGAAUUGCCUCCUAAUCCUACUUCAUAUUAUAAUAAAGUAAUUGAUGAAGUCAAAGAUAGUUAUUAGAAUCUCGUCACUAUGCUUAGAGAUGUAAACAUCUUCUGAAUAAAUAAAUAGGAAAAUCUGUAGCUUGGAUUGAAAUUAAGUGAAAUGCAAUAAAAAUAUACAAAUGCGAGCAAUGAAAUCAUAGAAUUAAAUAAAAAAGUUGAUAGUAUGAAGACUCAGAAAGUGAAAUUGCAUAUUUAUAUAAUAGGAUGACUUGUAUAAAAGAUUUGUGGCUAAAUACAAAACUACAGAAGAGUUUGAAUAAUCAUAUGAAGCUGCCUUAAAGGAGGAGUACACUUCUAUGGAAAAGUCAUUCAAACAAAAAAUAUCAUAGUUAUAAUUGAGCAUUGAUCAAAAUACUAGGGACUAUUAAAAGAAAUUGGUACGAUUUGCUUUGAGUAUAAUUAGCUUGAGCAAAAGUAAAUUAUAGAUUAAUAGACCGAUAGAGAAAGAAUGUUAAUUAAAAAAAUGAGUUUAUAUUAAAAACUUUGA